AUGGAGCUCAUAGAUCUGCCUCCAGAGAUUAUUCGCGAGAUUCUCGUACAUGCAGUGAAAGUUCGUGGAAUCAAGCGCGGCUUGAGACUAAGGCUGAUCAAUCCAUACUUUGCAACCGAGGUCUUGCAGGCUCUCUAUCAGACAGACCUCCUAGAAGAUCUAGUGGAGAACAAAGGUCUCAAGCGGAGUCAUGACACUUGGCACAUCCAAUUCUGGCGAUCGUAUCUUGUUCAUAAAAUUACUGUCAAUAGAGAUCCGAAAUGGGGCUCUUUGAACAUCAUCCUCCAUAUCGCAAAAUAUCUUUGCGAGCAAACCGGGAGAGAGGACGACAACACAUUGCGAGUUUUUGUUACCGCAAUGUGUUACCGACCGUAUCGUUUACUAGAACAUGAGCGUAGGUGCCGGAGGCCUUUCCAUGCCGAUGAUGUCAAGAACCCAAGAUAUCUUCUCCAAGCUGCCAUAGUCAACCGAUGUCCUCGGGUUGUGCAAAAGAUCUUGGACGCUAGCAAUACACCCGCAACCAUCCUAGACCCAAAAAUAAGCACAGAUGUGCUUGGUACCCCUUCUCUUCUAGCUGGAGAGUAUGGGGACCAUACUACUCUUUCCAUUAUAUUUAAGAGUACCUUCAGAAGGCUUGACGAAAAGAGAGAAGAAGCCUUAUCUGGUGCUGUCCGUCAAGGUCGCCUUGACAACAUCCAGUACAUUUUGGAUUUUGGUCCAGUCAACUUCAUCUCUAGCUCCCAUACCAUAGAGAAUGGCUUGCUUUCUGGUACGAUGAAGAGCCUAGUCGCCGACUUCCCCUUCCAACUAUACUCGCUCCUCCGAGAACGUCAUUCUGAGCGAUAUCCUAUUCUGUGUGAUACCCCCGAAAUAGACAUAAGCGAAUUGUUGGACGAUGUGGCCAGGUAUAGCUCCCGGACAGAUAUCAUAGAAAAUCUUCUUGAUGCGGGCGCUGUCCUUCAGUCAAACGUUGCUCCAAGGGACCAAACACACUACCCGUCUCGUCAUUAUCCAGAUCCAGCAGAUCCCCGAUGGCCUUGGAAUGCAUUACGUCGAGCAGUGAUUGGCACAAACGAAAAAACUGUGCAGCUGUUAUUAUCCCGAGGUGCAGAUCCAAAUUCUACGGACGAUGAUGUCCUUUGGCAUGCUUCAAGCUCUGGUUGCCUUGGUAUUGUGCGCAUGCUAUUAGAUCAUGGUGCCGAGGUCGAUCGUGUCCCAAAGCCUCCUCGGACUCUAGAUACGAACCGUUUAGACUCGCCAUUUGUUCGUGCUGUCUUGCUUGAGCAUACAAAAAUGUGCCUAUUCUUGCUUAAGAGAGGCGCAAGCCUGAAGGCAAGUGGAGAGGAGGCUCUCCGGAGAGCUAGUGAAGAAGGCCUGGAGUCCAUGGUCCAGUUUUUGAUCAAUCAUGGAGUGAGGGCGAACCUGGAGUGUGUCAAGGCUGCAGUGAAAGCUGGAAACUAUAAGCUGGCAAAUCUAUUUCUCGCCAGCAUGUUCCGAAAGUGAAGCUACUGCGCGUUCUG